GAGCAAGAACACCCCCCCCCCUGCCCCACCCGGUGAAGCAUUAUCAGGAGGGUUCACCUUUGACUUUGGUCUAAAUGCUGCCACGUGAGCUGAGUUGCUUUGUCUCACGCAGUCUUUUGGAAAGAAAGUUUGCUCGUUCAACUCGACUACAUUUGGCUUUGUUUCCCGGGAAUGGAGGCAGAGUCUUCAAACGUGCACGCUUCCUACGGUUUGGGCCUUGGCGGUCCAAAAUUGCCACCUGGACCUGCACAAGGAGCUCCGCGGGCCUGCGAGCCUCCCGACGAGGCUCGUCCUGAGGAUCCGCAACAGCAGAGCCAUCAGAACCACAAGCCUCUCUUCUAUUUUCCGCCCUCGCAGCCGUACCUGCCCAUGCAGGGUCUUCAGUGGCCGCUCCCCAUGGCAGUGCCGGUUGGCUACAACCCCUAUUACGGCUACCCGCCUUUAGGUUACGGCAUGCCAAUGAUUCCACACUACCAGCCCAAUCCUUACAUGGAGACUCCCACCUUCAUCAUGCCCCGCUCGAACCUCCACCUGACGGACUACAGGCGCAUGUUGAACCCUUACUACUACCAGGCCAUGGCCUACCGCGCCCGCAGGUACCGCUACCAGCACAGCGCACCGGCCAAAGAAGUCACCAGCAGUGAGGUCCAAACGGAACCGCUCACGAGUACUCGUAUCGCCAGCAAUCCAGAUUCUGGCAAUCCUGGGGUUCUCAAUGUUUGUCCUGGUGAGAAUACACAAAGCGGACCCCCCGGUGUGCCCCCCUUACUGGUGCAGAGUGAUGACAAGCGCACUAUGGAGGCGAGAACUCCUCCCAACGGAAGUUUCGUCAUCCAGACGGAGGAGUUGACCAUCGAGUGCUGCGCCACACCAGUUGGAAUCCAACUUCUUCACUCUCGUGAGAACGCCGAGGUCUCCUGUGGCUUCCCCACGGACGACGGGCCGGGCGUUCCUGCAGAGAAGACGCACCAAACUUGCCCUGAUAUCAUCUUGGUUGAGAGUCCCGGUGAGACGAUUCUCAAGUUGGAGGAGGAGUCCAAGAACCAUCAAGAUGCCCCCAUGGGAUCUGUGGUUCAGGACAUGACCGCCAUGAACGAUCUACAACUGGCCUCACGGAGUGUCCAAUCUCAAAUUGAGCAGGAGCGACCAGUGUGGUCAAUAGAGGACACUUUGGUUCCCUCCACUGACUCGCUGACCCCCACGGAAGAAUCAGAUGGAAGGCUCCAUCUGGCUGAAGAAGCGCCACCGGAUGAGGCUCAGACGGGAGACACCGGUCCCUCUGUGGAGGAUGAGCUGGUCUGUGAGGCAGAGGUGUGCUAUAGUAUGGAGGAAUCUCCUGAGCGAGAGCACAAAGCAGAAUCUCAUCUUUCGCCCGGUUUAGGAAGUUCUCAUCAGGAAGAUAAAACGCAACCGAGGCAAGAACCACAUUUCCAGGAGCAUCAGGACAUCUCGUUCGAGUCCUUACCCACGUACCUUCCCUCCAGUAGCUGGAGAGCAGACUUUGACAGGGUCUACGUUUCUAGCAGGAUGCCACCCGCUCCCAAAAAGCAGAACCAAGCUAUGAACCGGACCGAUUUAGAGGUUCCCAGUCGGAGGAGAAAACUGGAGCUGGAUUUCAGGGACCAGUAUUCUGUGCGGAAGCCCAAGGAGAGGUACAAGCCCAAAGGCAAGGUGGAUUGCCAAAGCCUCUCGGACCACGAGUGUUGCCUCACCAGAACCUUCAACGAAAACAUAUUCCCUCUAAAGACUGAACGACUUUGCACCAGAUGUUUGGCCAAGGCCGGUCCGGGUCACAAAAGGAAGGCUGUCCCCUUCCAGCAGUGCAACCAGGCCUUGAUGUCCACCUGCGACGCCUGCAAAUCUCACGCCAACAAAAAACAUCGGAGGAAAGGUUCCGUCCCCGAUGUCGGGGCCCCAUGGCGCGGACGCGACACGGAGGCCGAGUCUUCGGACAACAGCUCGAGUCGCGCAGGCCUCAAGUGGCGACCCGACAGGUGGAAGAGGCCGCUGGGCUCCAAGCAGAACUGGGAGAAGAACUACACGUGUGAUGAAACGCAGCCUCGCCAACUUGUGGCUUGGGAGAGACGACAGCAGUGUCCCCACGGCAUUCGAGAGCUGGACGAGAACUUGCCAGUGUCCCCGCAGGACAAACGGAGGCACGCUGACCAGCUUUACUGGACACGUAGGUGGCAAACAGCAGAGAAGUCAUGGAAAACGGUCACAGCCAAUCCCGAAGGCACGAGAUCACCGCACUUGAACAAACACAAAAUGUCACAUUCACAAGGAACUCACAGAAAAGACACUCGAUGCUGAUUUGCACAAGAGCACCACCCACUUUUACUUUUAAAUGUCACUUUUAAAUGUUUUGUACACUUAAAUUAUUUCCACGUAUUUAUAGACAACACAACUGUCACUAUUUAUUAGCCAUUACAUAAACACCGAUUUGAAGUAAUAUAUUUU